UGAAGAUUUAAAUUAGAUGUUCUCGUAACCUGUUACAACUGGUCUGAUUUAUAAUUCAGCGCUACAACUGGUCUGAUUUAUUUAUUCAGCGCCAUUUUGAAAAACCAAAAAAAAUUGUUUGUUGGAUAUACAAUAAUUACUCUCUUUAUUUCACUUCAUUUACAUUAUAUACUCCCGCACACACGUGUAUCUUAAGAGCCCCUCCUAAGAGGGGGGCUUAUGAUGUAGUGUUCAGCUAUGCCUGGCCACGCCCGAACGACCAGUGUAGAAGUUGGAACCAUCCUGAUUUUAUUUCUUGAACCAGAAGAGUACAUUGCAAGCUACCAACGUUUCUCAGAUAAAGAAUAUGACUUCACCGAUUUGGAAUACCACGGAUUAAACUGCAUUUGUUUUUUUGAUACUGAUGACUUUCUUCUGGCUGUUGAUUGGCUCAUUGACACUGGGAUGUCAAUCCUAUUACUGUUGCAUCAACAAUAAGUUAUUGCUGUGGCAUGUACUCGAAAUGACGAGGGGAAGGCGAGGUGAAAAUGGUGCUGAUUUUGAAAAGAAGGAAAUGCUGGAUUGUUGUAGUCUCCAAAUGAAUUUUUUUGGUCCGAGAAAAGGUAGAGGUAUAACUGCCACACACGAUAUAAAAUCAGGAACAUUUCUGCUGCGGUACUCUGGCGAACUCAUUACAAGUGAUGAGGGUGACCGUAGAGGGCUCCAGUACAAAAAAAGGCAACUGGGCAACUAUCUAUAUUUUUUUUCCCACCGUGGAAAAGAAUGCUGCAUUGAUGCCACUUCAGAAGUGUGCCUGGCGAGACUAGUGAAUGAUGCUAAAGGGAGGGAGAGGAAUGCCAAAGUGCAGAAGAUGGUAACAAAUGGUCAGCCUCAUCUCUGCCUGUAUUCCACAAAAGAAAUACAGAAAGGGGAUGAAGUUGCGUAUGAUUACGGAGAGAAGGAUUUGGAGUGGAGAAAGGAGCCAGGAAAAACCAUUGACGAUGUUGAUUCCUGGAGGCUGUUUCUAAUCCAGCUCAAUCAUGACAUCAGCCAUGCCAUUUGCGUUAGCCAACAGGGAGCCGAAGGAGUUGAACAGGCAAAACUCUUUACCAGGAGGACCUUAAGUAUGAUAAUCCAACAAAUAGAAGCAACACCAGAAUUUUUAAUUGGCCUCGAAGACGUCCCUCAACUCUUGUUAACAUUUAACGAGGUGAGUCAUAAAAGGGCCAUUUAG